AACCUUAACAACAGCCGAAGAGAGCAGAAAGGAAAAGUGUUUCAUAGAAAUUAUGGGGAAGGUCAGGAGUCCUGCUGCUCUCGUGCUUGUUCUUGCAAUGGUGAUGGUGCCUCACACUCUUGGGGCUAGGACCGUCCCGACCACCAAUGAUGCUGGAGGCCUCGCCGACCAGAAGAACUUCCUUACAUAUGGUGGCGUGGGCGGGUAUGCCGGUCUAGGAGGCCCAGGUGCCGGUGGUGUGGCUCCCGUCUUCGGCGGCGUUGGAGGAGUUGCUGGUGUCACUGGUCCUUCUGGUGGUACUGGCGUCGUUGGUGGGGGCAGUAUCCCCGGAGUUGGCGGUGGAGUUGGUGGUGGCGUUGGUAGUGGCACUGGCACCGGCGUUCUUCCCUUCCCUUGAUCAUCCUUGCUACACGGCCAUAUACAUGUUUUACUGAGCUUUGUGUGCGUCAAAUUUCAAAGUUGUGUGUCGUCCAUCGUCAUGCUUAUGAUAUUUCUUGUUAGUGAAAGUGUUGGUCAGUUUAGUCGCGUGAUUACGUACGUGCUUCUUAAUAUUUCUAGGAUUUUAAGGUUUACUUGUUUUUCCCCUCUGUGCAUGCUUGUUUCCUGGAUGUAUUCAUCAUCA